AUGCCACCAAAAAAGACCGACGGUACUCGGCGCAGCGACGUCUCUGUAGCGCGCUUUGUCAUAGCCGACGAAGACACGACAAUGGCCACAGGCGAACCAACUCUCUCUGCCAACCCAGCCUCCGCCCUCGUCGCGGCAGCCAUUGAGCGGGAUGAACGUCUUCCACCUGUAUCCACAACCUCCGAGAAGCAGUCUACCCCAGUACCUUCGACAGCUGCCGGCCGCGCCUCGUCAACCACGGGAUCAGCAGCAGGAGGAGGAGGAGGAGGAGGGCCAACAUCACCAUCAGAGUCUAAGCGGGGAGGAGGAGGGGCAUCAGAGAAGGAUAAGGAACGGGAAAGGGAAAGGGAAAGGGAAAAGGAGCGCGAUGCCAUCACAAUUGAAGAUCUCACGCUUCCGAAAUCGAUCAUCACCCGUCUUGCCAAGGGGGUGUUGCCCUCGAAUACGCAGAUACAGGCAAAUGCGAUUCUGGCUAUGACCAAGAGCGCGACGGUGUUUAUCAGCCAUCUGGCCAAUGCUGCAAACGAACAUACCGUCUCAUCAGGAAAGAAAACCAUCAUGCCGGCGGACGUGUUUAAGGCUCUAGACGAGAUUGAGUACGGGUUCAUGCGGGAUAAGUUGGAGGCCGAGUUUGCGAAAUUCAACGAAAUCCAAACUUCCAAACGAUCAGUCUACCGCAAAAAAGUAGCCGCAGCCAAAAAGGCCGGAGGCGGCGGUUCCGUUUCCGGUUCCGGUGUCGGUGGUCCUGGCAGCGUAGCCGGCGGCGGUGACGGCGGCGGCAGCAACGAACCAGGAGGAGGCGAAUCACACGAGCGAGCUGUUGGCGGCGACGACGACAGCGGUAGCAAUCAGCAAAACCAAAACCAGUCGUCCGCCGCGACGACAUCGACAACAGACAGAGAAAGAGAAGCUGGACCAAGGUCAGCCAAGAAGGCCAAGGUGGAUACGUCGUCAUCAUCAAAGAUGGAAGUAGACGGAGAAGAACAAGACCAAGAUCCGUCGGAUGCGGAGACGGUUCCGGAUGAAGAGGUUGAGGAGGAUGAGGAUGAGGAAGAGGAAGAGGCGGAAGAGGACGAGGACGAGGAGGAAGAUGAGGAGGAGGAGGAGGAGGAUGGGCAACAAGGAGAAGGAGAGGAAGAGGAUGAUGAGGAGAGGGCGGGACCGCCGGACGAGGAUGAGGCGCUUGAUGAUGAUAGUGAUUAG